UUUGCAGUUCAUUUGGGGAUUCGGUAGCUGUCUUUAUAGAGAAUUUGGAAAUAGGAAUUUGGAAAUUGGGGUUCCCACCCUUGGCAGGAAUGUCAGAUUCUGGGGAAGAGUUCGCCGGCGAAAAGAGCCAGGGAAGCGCCAGGAGCAAGAGUCCUCCGGCGAGCAUCGACUGGAAGGAGGAGGAGGAGGCACCAAAGGAGCCUUCCGUGGGCAAGGGAAGUAUUCUAAAGGCAAGGGAGGAUGUCCAGAUCCCUUAUUCCGAAAAAGGAAGCUUUGUAAACCCACCAGAGGAGGAGGAGACCACCAGUCCCGAGAGAUUGAGUGGUCUAAAGGAACCCCGAACCACCAUUGCCUCGGAUGUGGAGACGGGAACGGCUUCGGAGGACUCCGAGGACUCCGUUAGGACAUCCCCAGAAGAACCCAUUCGCUCGACGAGUAAAAACCGCCGUUUGGAGUACUUUCGCAGUGGAUCGGAUGCCGAUUGCCAGGUCCAUGUGCUGAGCAACUGUCCCCAAUCUAAUAAUCCUGAGGUGAGUAUUUGCUACAAGAAGUUCCCCUGCCACCGUAUCUUCCUGGCCACCGCCUCCGACAAGCUGGAGCAGGAUGUGUACCAGAAUAAGCAGUGGAAUGGUGUGCUCCAGAUCAAUGGGGUUUCCCCCGAGAGCGUGGAGAUCUUCCUGGAGUUCAUCUACACCUUCGAGGUGACCUCGCCGCUGGUCCAACUCAGCCAGGUGGGCGAUAUAUUCAUCCUGUCCUGCGCCUACAACAUGCCGGAGUUACUGCGAUCCUUUUCGGAGCAUCUAAAGCAGCAGGAUUGGCCCAUGGAUGGUAUAUUCCCAGCUUUUGACCUGGCAUUUCGGCAUAAUAUCAUCGAUCUGGAGAGGGUUUGCAUGGAGAAAAUACUGGAAAAGGGAAAGAUUUUGACCCGGGAACCCAGUCUUAUGAAGUUACAGAUUUACGCCCUGAACUUUGUGAUUCAGCACUGGCUGGUGACGGAACUAGUGCCCCAGGAUGAUCUCAUCAGCAUUUUGAAGCAGUAUCAGGAGGUCAACGAGGUCACCUUCGCCAAUACCCAGAAAUUUCCGCAUUUCACCAAGAUUAUCAAGUACUUCCCCAAUGUCCUUUUGGAUGCCGAGGGGUAUAUAAGCCAAUAUUAG